AUGAAGCGUCAGGCUGAAGCACAGAUCGCGAAGAAGAAGCCCAAGAUGGAUGACGACCUCGAGUAUGAACCCGAUUCAGAAGAUGAGAGGCUCACAAAUGCCGGCGUCCUCUUCCCGCACAAAUUCAACAUCGACAUUCCGUUUGCCAGGAGCGAGUGGGCGGACAUUGUGCGCACCACGCUCGAGGUGGACAAAGAACUCAAGCCCACCGUCGUGCGUCGCACGCUUGAGGCCAAAGACGGCGUACUACACGUGACCUACGAGGCGCUGGAGGUGCGGAUGUUACGAACGGUGGUGAGUUCAUUCUUCGACAUGCUCCUUCUCACCAUCGACACCAUAAAGGCCUUUGGCGAGCAGGAGCAACUCCCCGCCUGA